AUGAACACUCUUCUUCUUUUGUGCCUUGUUGCUCCAGCUCUCUCCCAGCUUUACUACUAUUACCCAACUUCAUACUACACUCCCCUCUACUACUAUCCAGUUGCUACUGCCGGAACACAAACUCAAACUGGUGAUGCCUCCCAUCAACAACAGUAUACAUCCCAACAACAACCACAACAAUCUCAACAACAACAAAACUCAGCCCAAGACCAACAAUAUCAAAAUCAAAAUUAUCAAUCUAACCAGUAUCCCGGUCAAAAUGAACAACAAAUGGAUCAGCAACAACUCCAAUAUAAUGCUGGUCUUCAAUCCAAUCAGCAGUAUCAACAACAGCAAGGACAACAAGGGCAACAAGGACAACAAGGACAACAGGAUCAACAAUACUAUCAACGUGAUCAACCACAACAGCAACAGCAACAGUAUACUCAGCAGUAUACGAUGAAUGCUCAACAACAGAACCAAAAGACACAACAACCUCAAAGAGAUGUUCCAUCAACGACAGGAAAUACCGGAAAUACCUUACAAACUGCUGCUGCAGCCCCCAUGUAUUAUUACUACACUUACCCAUACUACUACACCUAUGGAAGAAAGUAA